AUGACGCUGGCGCACAUGGAACGCGCGGCGCGCUCCGUGGACGCCUCGAUGGCGCUCGCUCGGGUGAGCACGGCGGUUCGAUCGAGCGCGUUGGCGACGAUGGUGAUUCCGCUGGGCGUCGCGGUGUACGUCUCGGCGUUGGCGUCGUUGCCGAUGCGCUUGCUCGCGGCGGUGCUCAGAGAGGCGACGGGCGGGACGACCUCGGGCGGCACGGACGUCAAGGCGAUCGCGCGCGGUCUGUGGGCGCAGGCGAGCGACCCGACGCUCGUGGGGGCGGUGAGCGCGGAGAUGCGAGACGAUGCGGCGAUGAUCAGGGAGAUGAGCGCCAGGGCGCGCGCGCGCGUGGAGGAGUUCAAGGCGGCGAGCGAGACGGAACGGGAGAAAUUUCUCUCGGCGUGCGCGAGACUCAAGGAAGAGGCCGUCGUGCGCGAACGACUGCGCGAACAGCUCGAGACGACGCGUGAGGAGCUCAAGCGCGAGCGCGCGAUGAACUACGCGCGCGGAGGCGCUACGGGAGCGAAGGACGGCUCUGACUCGAGCAGUUCGCUCUUUCUCUCCACGGCCACGCUCGGCGUCGCCCUUCUAUACUUUCAUGACAUCGACACCGUCCACGUGAUGGACAAAAAGAUCGCCGCCGCCGUUCCGGCGAUGUGGAUGCUCGCCAUGAUGAUCACGUCCCGCGCCCUUCGCGGCGCGUGCGUCGUCGUGAACCUCAUCCUCGCCGGCUACUUCUUCCGCGUCGUCUGCGAGCACCGACGCGCGCUCGGGCACGUCGCGCACGUCGUGUCGUAA